AUGGGCUGUACACAAAAUGGAGAGUCGAUCAUCAAGAGAAAUCCCACCCCAAGGUCACGUACUGUCCAUUCUGAACCCUCUUCUUCCAAGGACAAGUCUGAGGAAGAGCAAGUGGACUUGGACAAGAUCAUCACGGCAAGUCUCGAGGGAAUGGCCACCGUGCUACACGACCUUUCCCAGUCCCAUCUAGGCACCUCUCAUCAUCUAUUUCAAUUGGUAGACUGGUUGGUAAAGAUGGCCCCCUCCCAACCUGUUGACGUCGAUGCCCCGCCUGGGGUCACCUUUCCAUCUGGUAUAGGAGAGGCAAGAUGGGAUAACUGGCUGUCAGCUCGUACGAAAGUCCCAUCGGGUGCUAGGGACAUCCUGUCGAGUGGUUGGGACAUG